UACACGCCUUCUUUCCGUGCGCGGUACUUAGUGCAAUUUUGUGUCACCGUUAUCUAAUGACCUCUGAGAUAUUUUGAAAAUGGAUUUAAGUAAAGUGGCAAAAGUUGCAUUGAAAAAUGUUCGGUCAGGAGAGGUGCUAGCCAUGGAGGAAGUGUGGAAGGAGCGCACGACGGUGUUCAUCUUCUUCCGCCGCUGGGGCUGCCUGUUCUGUCGCCUGUGGGCGCGUGAGCUGAGCGAGAUCGCGCCCCUCCUGCGGGACAACAGCGUCAGCAUGGUGGGGGUCGGGGUGGACGAGGUGGGACUGCAGGAGUUCGUGGACGGCAAGUUCUUCGACGGAGAGCUGUACGUGGACGUGAACAAGCAGGUGUACAGCGCCAUGCAGUUCAAGAGGUUCAACAUCCUGAGUGUGCUGGCGUCGCUGUUCAGCAGCGAGGCGCGGGCGGCCACCGCCAAGGCACGGGCCAUGAAGCUGGGCGGAGACCUGCGCGGGGACGGCCUGCAGAACGGGGGCGUGCUGGUGGUGUCGGCCGGGGGCAAGGAGGUGCUGUACCGGUUCCGGCAGGAGGGCCCCGCGGAGCACCCCCCCAACCUGGCCCUGCUGCGGGCCGUGGGACUGGAGGCCCUGGCCCCUCCGCCCGCCCAGAGCACCCCGGCCCCGCCGCAGUGUCCCGGGGACGCCUAGUGCCUCCACCCAGCAGUUGACUUGUACAGAUCACAACUUUUGUCUUGUCUGUGCUUCCUUGGUACAGAUCCUGUCACUUGUCACAGUGGACAUAUUUGCAUCCUUACCUGUGUUGCACCAAUGUGAAAGACUGAAUUGUAUUGAUUGAGAAUGUAUUUUUAUUUUUGCCAAAUAUAUACUGCUUUUAA